GUAGUGGCUGUGAACCUAAAUGUAUCUGUAAUGGAACAAAAGGAGAACGAGGUAAUGUCGGCUUGCGAGGUUUGCAAGGACCACCUGGUCUCCCGGGAUUCCCUGGCAAUGAUGGCCCUGUUGGAACUCAAGGAGUUCUAGGUAAUGAAGGUGACAAAGGAGCAACAGGUCCAAAGGGAUAUAGAGGAGACCAGGGUUUGCCAGGCAUGCGAGGGCUUCCUGGAAUUCCGGGUCUUUUAGGACUGGAAGGAAGCAAAGGAGAUAUGGGUGCACCUGGCUGCAAUGGAACAAAGGGUCAUGAUGGAAAACCUGGAAGGCCUGGAAUUGCUGGUAGCCCUGGAGAGGUUGGUUUACCUGGCUUAAAUGGUAUUAAGGGCCAGCCUGGUGAACUGUUAUUUAUUGGCAGAAUGAAAGGUGACAGAGGUGAAGAUGGAAAACAAGGAUUUCCAGGUGUUCCUGGUUUUGGUGGUUUUGCUGGAGCCAGAGGUCCACCAGGUAUAAUUGGUCCUUUGGGUGUGAAAGGUAGAAAAGGUGUAAUGGGUAGUAUUGGACCCAGAGGUGAAGAUGGUAAAGCAGUAACAGGCGACCCUGGUGAACCGGGCCCAGAUGGAGAGCCUGGCCAGAAUUUGGGUCAAGUAAUAAAACCAAGUGAAUACACUGGCCUUCAGGGAGAGAAAGGACCACGUGGAUAUGCCGGCGACCCUGGUAUAAAAGGACCACGUGGACUAAAGGGUCUGGAUAAUUUUCCUGGUCCCAAAGGUUUCCCAGGUGGUCAAGGCCCACCAGGAAGAAGGGGCAAACGAGGUAAAGAAGGAAGUCCAGGAGAAGCUGGUCCAAAAGGACUUGGUGGAGAUAAAGGCUAUCCUGGUACUAAAGGACGUGAUGGCUUUAAGGGAGAACAAGGAGAAAGAGGUUACAGUGGACCUAAAGGCUUUCCUGGUGGGGCUGGUCGAAAAGGCAAAGUUGGGACAGGAGAGGUAAUCAUAGUGAAAGGAGAACGUGGUCCUAUAGGUCCCCGUGGAUACCAUGGUCCAUCUGGAAAAAGAGGUCCAACUGGAGAUAGAGGUGAAAUUGGUUUCCCAGGCAUGCCUGGAGUUCCUGGACUACCUGGUCCUCCUGGGCUUGAAGGAUUACAUGGAUUUUCCUUUAAGGGCGAGCGUGGUUUCCCAGGUUUACCUGGUGCUGAUGGAGUCCCUGGUGGUCCUGGACUACGAGGAAGUGUUGGUUAUGUCGGAGAUAAAGGAGAAGUUGGAGAUAGCUAUCCAGGAAAUCCAGGAGAGUCUGGUGUGCCUGGAAGAGAUGGAUUAAAUGGCCUUCCAGGUGCACCUGGUAUUCGAGGAAAUAUUGGUGAUAUUGGACCACCUGGUGAUGGAUUUGGUCCCAAGAUAGGAAUAGUUGGUCAAAAAGGUGUUCCUGGAGAUUUUGGAGAAAGGGGUGCUCCUGGAAAUCGUGGCUGGCCUGGAGCAUAUGGUGGAAAAGGUGAACGUGGUGAGGACUGUGAAUUAUGCAGGUCUGGAUAUCCUGGAGUUAAGGGAGAAGUUGGUGAACCUGGAAGACCCGGUCGUCCUGGUUUUGAUGGGCCUGAUGGUCUUCCAGGACUUAGAGGAGAGAAGGGGUAUUUUGGUAUUCCUGGCUUACCUGGAUCUCCUGGUGAAAAGGGUUCAAGAGGAUUCUCAGGUCCAGUAGGUUUACAAGGAAGAAAAGGAGAAAAAGGUGAUUAUGUCUAUGUAAAAGGAAGUAAAGGUCCACCUGGUGAUGUUGGAAUCCCUGGAGCUUAUGGCCAAAGUGGAAAAUCUGGAGAUGUUGGCUUUAGAGGUCGAUCAGGCCCUGCUGGAUAUCCUGGAGAAACGGGAGUUCCUGGACGUAUUGGAAUUGAUGGUCUGGAUGGUCUACCAGGUUCACCUGGUCUGCCUGGUUUAGAUGGUCUUCCUGGAGAGUCUUAUGGUGGUUUGCCUGGUGAUAAAGGAGAACGUGGUUUGCCAGGUUUUCCUGCCUUUGGCAUUGCUGGACAAAAAGGUGAACCAGGAGAUUUAUCUUUCUAUGAUAUUGUUAAUGGAGACAGAGGCGUUCCUGGAAUUGAUGGAUUACCUGGAGGACCAGGUCUUGAUGGUCUUCCAGGCUCUGAGGGUCGGCCAGGCUUCCCUGGUGCAGUUGGUGAACCUGGAGAAAGUGGUAUCAAUGGAAUUGAUGGCCCAAGGGGUGAAGGGGGAACUGUUGGCUAUCCAGGAAUGAUGGGUAGCCCAGGAUCAAAAGGAUUUCAAGGAGACCCUGGGCUGGAAGGAAAACCUGGUUUGACAGGUAGAUCUGGACCAAAGGGAGAGCCCGGACAAACUUUUGGAAGAGGUCCACCAGGUAAACAAGGUGAUGAUGGAUUAAUUGGAUUACCUGGCCCUAGAGGCCCAUCUGGUUUUGCAGGAUUACCUGGACCAAAAGUUUUCACUCUUGUAUGCAAUUUGGUUUAUUUAGGUGAGCAUGGAAUUGAUGGAUUACCAGGUGGUAAUGGACGUGAUGGUAAACCUGGAUACGAUGGUAGACGUGGAGACCCCGGUUUCCCGGGUGCUGAAGGUCCCAGAGGAGAAGCAGGUUUACAGUAUGCUGCAGAAAAGGGAGACCGUGGAUUCCCAGGAGCUGAUGGUUUACCUGGAGUUAAUGGUCUGGAUGGCUUGAAUGGACUUAUGGGAAGGAAAGGAGAACCAGGAGAUAUAACUAGAAGUAGGAAAGGUGACCCUGGUGAGACUGGCCUUCCUGGUUUGCCUGGUUUACAAGGAGCAAAAGGUACACAAGGAUAUCCAGGAGAAAUUGGAUUUGUGGGUCUGGAUGGUAUAAAUGGAGAUGCUGGUCUUCCUGGCUCAGCUGGAUUGCCUGGCAGAAGUGGUGCCAUGGGUAAAAAAGGCAGCAGAGGAAGACGAGGAGAACAAGGAAGAGACGGUUUCCCUGGAUCUCCAGGAGAUGAUGGAUUUCCCGGACGACAAGGAUUUAAAGGUGCUUAUGGUGACCCAGGUCCAGAUGGUGUCCCUGGACUUUCAGGACGGAAAGGUGAAAUUGGUAAUCCUGGUAGGGAUGGGUACCCUGCAUCUCCUGGUUUACCUGGUCCUGAUGGAGAGCCAGGUAUCCCUGGCCUCUCUGGUAUCAAUGGACCAUCAGGUGUUAAAGGAGAUCGAGGUACAGUUGGUCUAACCGGUCUGAAAGGUGAACAAGGAGAAUCUGGUUUCCCAGGUCCUGAUGGCCUUGAUGGUUUGGAGGGACCUCCUGGUGAACGAGGUGAUGGAUUGAGAAAUAUUGAAGACCCUGAUCAUGGAAAUCCUGGUGAUCCUGGCAGGAGAGGUGAAGCAGGUGAACCUGGUUCUCCAGGUCAGAAUGGAUCAAAUGGCUUCAAAGGAGAACAAGGACGUCCAGGUACUUCUCUAGAUGGUUACCCAGGUGUUCGAGGAGAUGAUGGUCUACCAGGAUUUCCCGGUGAUAAUGGUUUGCCAGGUCGUGAUGGUAUUCCUGGCUUGCCUGGAUUUCCAGGAGAACCAGGAGACAGGGGAUUCUCUGGAUUGGGUGGAAAUGAUGGACUUCCAGGACUAACUGGAGACCCAGGAAUAAAUGGAUACCCAGGUGUUGAUGGAUCACCUGGACGUCCAGGACCAAAAGGAAGCCCAGGAUUCCCUGGUCCUGAGGGAUUAAAAGGACAGUCAGGAAUAAAUGGAUUGACUGGUCUUCCUGGAACAGAUGGAUUACCUGGAUUAUCCGGUGAUAAUGGUGAACCUGGUGAACCUGGUCUCCCACCAUACUCUGAAAAGGGUGCUCAAGGGGAUCCAGGCUCUGAUGGACCAAGAGGAGAUUCUGGCCUUAGAGGAUUGCCAGGUGAUGUAGGCCUUGAUGGUAUUCCAGGAUUGUCAGGAAGCAGAGGUUUGAAAGGACUUCCAGGUGUCGAUGGAUUGAAUGGAGCUGAUGGACUUUUAGGUAAUCCUGGUAUUUCAGGUUUAACUGGACUUCCAGGUAGCCAAGGUCUCCCUGGUGAUCAAGGACCUCCAGGUCCAGAUGAUGGAGCAUUGGGAGUUUUAUUUGCCAGACACAGCCAGAAUACUGGAGUCCCUGAGUGUCCUGCAAGAUCAACAAAACUCUGGGAAGGAUACUCUCUUCUUUUCUUAAUUGGCAAUGGACGUUCAGCAUCACAAGAUUUAGGUCUGCCUGGUAGCUGCUUAAGGAGAUUUAAUACAAUGCCUUUCAUGUUCUGUAACUUAAACAACAGAUGCACUGUUGCAUCCCGUAAUGACUACAGUUACUGGCUAUCAACACCUGAACCUAUGACAAGGAUGAUGACACCUAUAGAAGGUGAAGAUAUUCGAUCUUAUAUUAGUAGAUGUGCAGUUUGUGAAACAACAUCACAGGUCCUAGCAGUUCACAGCCAAACAAUCAUGAUCCCUGAUUGUCCUCCUGGUUUCCAAACAAUGUGGAUUGGGUACAGUUUCAUUAUGUACACAAGUGGUGUUAUUGAAGGGUCAGGGCAACCACUUGAAUCAGCUGGUUCCUGUCUUGAAGAUUUCCGAAACCAACCAUUUAUUGAAUGCCAGGGUGGUCGUGGCUCUUGUAAUUAUUAUUCAACAUCAAUAUCUUUCUGGAUGGCUACAAUUGACCGGUCAGCUCAGUUCUCACGACCUUUGAGUGAAACAUUGAAAGCUGGUGCACAGCGUCGACGUGUAGGCAGAUGCAAAGUGUGUAUGCGAGUAUCUUAACCUAGUGUUACUGUUCUAUCACUAAAUUACAGCCUAAGACUAUGAUAAUAAAAAAAAUCACGCUAAUUCAAGUAACAAAUGAACAACAUUCAAAUUGAGGGGAGAAUGUAUACUAAGUCAAUGCAACAUUGCUAAGCUACUAAGAUCAAUAUUAUUUUUCUUGCUGAUGACAACAAUAUUGAAUUGUGGUUGGAUCUUCAGUAGUUACUUCCAUUAAUAUUCGUUUUUGUAAUAUAUUAGAAGCUGAUCUACUGAUGUUUAUUCAGUUCUUCAAAUGGUGCUAAUACUGUGUCAACAUCUUUUGGAAACUAAAAGCUGAAGGAAUCCUCUUUUCACUAUUGUUAUAUUUUUUUCUUUUAUAAAGCUAAAGUCUAAAAGUACUAUAUGACUUUUUUUUUCUUAUUUACUCCCUGAUACAAACAGUCACACACACAAACACAAAUAAAUGCAUAUGUGUGCAUUUUCUCACAUAUACACUCAUAUAUUUCUCUUUCUCUUUCUACAUGCACACACACACACACACACACACACACACACACACACACACACACAAAUAUGUGAAUGUGUGUGUGUGUAUAUGGUAGGUUUAAAUAUGUCAAUGUGUGUGUAUUAAUAUUGAUGUAAUGGCCUGUUUUCCUAUUUAAUUGUAAUGGGGUUUUCGAACAUCUCACACAUGUCUAAUAAUAUAUAUCUGCUGUCUUUAUCAAAGUUUGAAAUCACUGCCAGAACUCUCAAGUUUUUACAAAGAAGAAUAUUUUAAUGUCUCAGCAUAUGUGGGAAAAAAUGAAAAGAUAUUUACUUCUUAGGCAUUUAUGUUAACAUACUUUGUCUUUUGAAAAUACAUGCAAUAUUCUUCAACCUAAAGUAUGUGAUAUUAUGAGGGAAUUUCUUUCUUGAAAUGCUUAUAUGAUAUACAACGAUACAAGGUUUUAGAAGUAUAUUGUUAUUCAUGUUUUAUUUUUUUAGUUUGUUUUUAUGAAAGCAUCUGAACAAAGUCUAGUUAUAUUUAAUUGGUAAAAUAAAGGAAAUAGUUUACAUUCACCCUCUGAUACUUUUAAUAAAACAUUAAUAUACUGUAGGUUUUUCAGUUUUUUUUUUUGUUCCUGUAUUUUUUUAACUGGAUGGCCAUGUUUGUUUCCAAAUAAAUGAUAUAAAAACAUUUUCUUAAUUUAACUGUUUUCUGAUCCUUUUCUCUCAAUUUAUGUUGUUUCAUAAUAUCUCAUUGAUUAUUUGGUUACUUAUCUAACAAUUAUGAUAAUAUUACAGAUAUACAAGGAUUAUGAGAUUAAUUUGAAGACCUAAUAACUACAUAAUUGGGAGCUGAAAUGACAGCACAGAUUGUUAUACUCUUGAACAAGACACAAAACUCUUUUAUUCAGUUUUGCCGAAAUGACACAAUUAUCAUUUGAUUGAUUUGCAGUUACGAAAAUAUAUAUUUAUAAAACAAAGAUUGUUUUGCAUUUGUUGAAUUGUUAGAAGAUCUCUUGACAAAUGUGGGAAGAAUGGAAGAAAGUAGAUAAGAGGGAGAAAGCAAGAAAUUAGGUGUAUCAUGUUAGGAGAAAAGCAUAAUCAUUGUCUUGAAUUUUUGAACUGGAGAAGAGUUUUAACAGCGUCCUUCAUUCUGUAGUUUGAUGGAUUAUCAGAGUAUUGUACUAAACUGUUGUAAGGGGAGCAUCUAAGUGCAACAUCGUUUUAAUGUUUAGGGAGGUAUCUUCAGAUCCUUACUAUUAGUUUGGUUAGCAAUGGAAAACUUUGUAAAGAAACAAGUUAGAUGAGUUCUCUUGGAUAAACUAUAAUUUUUAUAAGAACUAGGAAUUAAUUAAAGACACUGUUAUAGACAUGAGUAAAAUAGUGCUUUGUUGGUUUUCAAAACAAUAGUAUUAUGACAAUUCACUGCCAUCAAAUUACUUUUAUUUAUAUAAAAUAAUUUUUGUUUUCAGAAGCAUUUAAUCUCAGCUUCAGGGUGUCUUCAGCUUCUAUAUAUAAAACAUAUCUUGAGACAAAGCUGAAAAGAAAAUACUUUACCCAAAAUUCAACAUGAAAAACAGUGCGCGUGUGCAUGCGCACACACACACACACACACACACACACACACACACAUACACACACACACACACUCUUUCUCUCUCUCUCUCUCUCUCUCUCUCUCUCUCUCUAAAAUGCAUGGUGCUGCUCAGCAACACAUUAUAUAUUGAAUAUGAAGAACUCAUUUGAGGAAGUUGCAGAGGCGCAACAAGAAUGUUUAUGAAUUAAAAUAAAAAAUUAAUAAAAACUGUGAA